AUGGCGUGGACGUACGUCUUCGACCUCGACGGCACCCUGUACGACAUCGGGAACGGGUACGAGCGACGAUGUCGCGCGCGCGUGUACGAGUACAUGCGCGACGCCCUCGGGUGCGAGAGCGUGGCGCGGGCGGAGGAGAUUUGGCGCGAACAUUUUCCGAAACACAACCAAACGCUGCGAGCGCUGCGACGGGCGGGGUACGACGUCGACGCGGACGCGUACUGGGCGCGCACGCGCGGGGAUCCGUCGGAAUUUUUAACCCCGCGCGCGGAGACGCGAGCGAUGUUGGACGCGAUCGCGGCGACUGGGGGGCGUCGAUUGGUGUUUACGAAUUGUCACGAACGCCAGGCGCGCGAGGCGUUGCGGGCGCUCGGGAUCGAAGAUUGCUUCGACGGCGUCUUCGGCGCGGGUGGGAUGGGUGACGAGGCGAAACCGAGCGCGGGGGCGUUCGAGCGAUUUUUCCACGCGCACGACGUGCGAGAUCCCACGCGAUGCGUCUUUUUCGAGGAUAGUCUGAAAAAUUUGCGCGCGGCGAGCUCGCUCUUCGGCAUGGUCACCGUCUUGAUCGCCGGUAAGACCUUGGACGAGGAGGUGCGUGAAAACGACGUCAACGCAUCGUCGACGGACACCACGGCGGUGGAGACACCGACGUCGUUCGUCGAUCUCGUCGUCGCCGGGGGCGUCCUGGACGUCGACGCGCUCCGUCGCGGCGCCGCGCGCGCGACCGCGCGAGCUCGACUCGCCCUCGGAUUCGCCCUCGACCGCGAUUCGUGA